AUGCGAUUUUUGGAAGGCAUUUAUCGCCGUUAUGGACAUUUUGUAGCCAUACAUCCUAUUCCUUUUUUACUAUUGCCUGUUCUCACAACGUUUUUUUCGACUGUUGGAUUGUUUCGCUUUCAUAUUGAUAAUGAUAUCUGGAAUAUUUAUUCGCCGAUAAAUGGAUUAUCUCGGGCAGAGGAAAAGGCAUUGGAACGUUUUGAAUAUGCUAGCGGUGUUCAUCAUUACAGAUUGCAAAUUUUGGUAAAUCGUAAAGAUAGUGGUAAUCUGAUGAACGAUAACAAUACGGAUAAGAUAUUAAAAAUGGAAAGAUUCAUAGCCAACAAUAUAACCAUCAAUGAUGGCUAUAAUUCGUUUACCUACCGUAACAUUUGUGGUGUCUAUUGCAAUGACAGUAAUGAGAUCGUUCUCACUUUCAUAAAGAUAGCAAUCAAUAUGGAUGGUCGAUCUUCAUCAUCAUUAGCUUUCACAUUUCCAAAGGCUCGAAUAUUUGAGAAAUAUAUCUUUAUGGGAUACUCCGUUGGUGAACUGCAUUAUUCCAAGCAGGAUAGAACUGUUGUUGAUGGCUUCAAACUCUUCAUAUUGCAUUUUAUGGUAGAUCUGAAUCUUCCACAAGGUAAAAGAAUAGCGAAGAAUUUUGAAUCACAGCUGCGAACAUUGCUUGUGUUGGCUACCUAUGAAUCUGAGGAUCUAGAAUAUGCUCUAUUCAGCAGAGAUCGGGAAAUUGAAGAACAGCAGCAAAUAACUCUUGCUGCUUUACCAUUUCUCGGUGUAACUGCUUUGAUGUUGGUUGCAUUUAUGGUCAUUAGCUUGACCGAUUUUCCAUUCAGAAAUAGCCAACAUAUUGAGGCUAUUUUUGCGGUGCUUUCUCCAGUGAUGGCAUUGGUUACUUCUUGGGGUAUUUUAUGGGGUGUUGGUUUACCCUUUUCCAACAUUUUAACUGUUGUACCUUUUCUCGUCAUCACAAUUGGUGUUGAUGAUGCUUUUCUCAUAUUAGCUGCUUGGAGGCAUUCAAAUCCAGCUUCUAAUCUCGAAACACGAAUAGGUGAAACGCUGACUCAUUCCGGUACAAGCGUGACAGUAACUUCGCUUACCGAUGUAUUAUGCUUCAUGGUUGGACUGUUUUCGAAUCUACCUGUUGUACGACUAUUUUGUAUUUACACUUCCGCUGCAAUUAUGAUUGACUUCAUUUACCAGAUUACAUUUUUUAUUGCUUUUGUUGCCUUCAGUGGAAGACAAAAAGUAAAUCAUCCCAACGAAAAAGCAUUAUAUUCUAAGCAAAAUCUUAAAUCCAGAAACAUCCUAGAUGGAUUAUGGUCAAAAAUUGAACAUAAAGAUUCUCAUAAAUUAUACUCUGUUGACGUUAGUAUUACAAAAUAUUGCUUGUCCGGUGAUAAUUCUUUAUCACUAAAAAUGAUAAGGAAAACAUCGAAGAAAAGUGAAAUUAUCCUACAGAAGCUUAUCAAUAUCCUUCAUCUGUCAUUUACGAAAUUCAUUGUUGUUGCUGCAUUUAUUACUCAUAUUAUUGUGGUAUCAUAUCUUUGCACCAAAGUGAAUACAGAUUUUGAUAUGGAAAAUUUAUACAUGGAAAAUUCAAGCAUGAAUGCCAUUUCGCGACAGCUACAACGUUUUACUCUCAGUGAAGCAUUCGUCGUUAAUUUUGCUCUUUAUCCGAUGCCGAAUUUUGCUGAUGUUUUUAUCCGAAACAAAUUCGAUCAUUUAAUUGAAGAGUUAGAAACAAUACCAAAAUUUGGUAUGGGACCAGAUGGAACUGUGUUGUGGACAAGGGAUUUUGCUGAUGCAGUAGCAUUUUGGGAUGACGAAAGCAAUUUCUGGAGACAAGACAAAUUACUUUCAACAUUUCGAGAAUACGAAAUAGAAGAAAAGUUCAUCACCACUGAGAAGAGGGCGGAUGGUGUGGAAGUAAUUUCCGGUUUUUUUUGGUCAAUAACUUACCGCAAUAUGAACAACUUUUUGGAUGUACAAGAACUCAUGCAGCAAAGGCGAUCCAUAAUAUCAAAGUAUGCUAAAUUCUUCAAUGUUAGCUCUCAUCAUCCACUGGAAAAAGUUCCUACUGAGUCAGCAGCCAGUGCAGCAACUAAUUUUAUCCAAACUGCAUUUUCUGCGGUGGUUUUAAUGUCAGCCGUAGUUUACUUCUUUAUCACUGACGUAAGUGCCGUAGUGGCCGUUGUUAUUUCUAUUCUGUCCAUUUGCUUCGGAGCACUUGCAUACUUGCAUUUAUGGAAUGUACGACUGGAUGCUAUCUCUCUGAUUAGUUUACUGAUGAGUAUUGGCUUUUCAGUAGAUUACAGUGCUCAUAUCUGUUAUCACUACCUCACACAAAAGGACAAUAAGAAAUCUGAAGAACACUCUCAUCAACCCAUUUCGAUCAUUGUCGGCUCAGAUGCAAAUGUCAAAGAUUUAUCGAUAUUACCAUCAAUUAAUAACAGUAUCCAUUGCAAUAAAUCGAGUAAUACUGAUACUCGAGCAAGAUUCUUGGUCACAUUUAAAAGUGUCGGAUGGCCUGUAAUUCAAUCGGGACUCAGUACUUUAGUAGGCAUAUUACCCAUGGUUAUGGUGAAAGCUUAUGUAGUUGCCGUAUUCUGGAAGACAAUAAUAUUAUUAAUUGUAUUGGGGAUCAUUCAUGCAUUAAUCUUGUUACCUGUAAUUUUAAUCAUUUUUGAUGACAUAGAAUGUUACAUAAAAAAAUGUUUUCGAUCAAAAUGA